ACAGACCAUGGCAACAUCCAAGCACAAUCUGUCUUCACAGCCAUGCAUUUCAAACGCACCAUCAGCAUCGUGGACUGCCACUGCGCCGGGGAGGUCGGCGACGUGAUCGUGGGCGGCGUGCUGGACCCGCCCGGCUGCAGCAGCAUGUACGAGAAGCUGGCGCAUUUCCGCGACCGCGAGGACCACAUCCGCCAGCUGCUGCUGAACGAGCCCCGCGGCCGGCCGGCCAUGUGCAUGAACCUCGUCCUGCCACCGUGCAACCCCGAGGCCGACGCGGGGUUCCUCAUCAUGGAGAGCGAGGAGUACCCGCCCAUGUCCGGCGGCAACAUCAUCUGCACCACCACCGUGCUGCUGGACACGGGCAUGGUGGCGAUGCACGAGCCCGUCACAGAGCUUCUGCUGGAUACCGCGGCUGGCCCCGUGGCGGUCACCGCCGACUGCGCGAAUGGGAAAUGCACCGCCGUCGCGUUCCAUAACGUGCCUUCCUUUGUCUUUGCGCUGGAUCUCCCCGUCCAGGUCCCGGGGCUGGGGACGGUGUCUGUGGAUAUUGCCUGGGGUGGGAUGAUCUAUGCCAUUGUCGAUGCGACGAAGAUUGCCGGGGGGUUGAAGAUUGAGAAUCGCAAUGGGCCGAAGUUGAUUGAGGUUGGGGAGCGCAUCAAGCAGGCUGUGCAGCAGAGUGACUUCGUGCCCGUGCACCCGGACAACCCGCAGAUUCGAGGGGUCAGUAUUCUGGAGUUCACUGAGCCCUUGACUGGGUCUGCUUCAACGGGUAAUUUGACGGCUGUGAAUACGGUCGUGGUGUCGCCGGGUCGAUUUGAUCGGUGUCCCUGUGGAACGGGGAGCUCAGCGCGCAUGGCGGUGAUGCAUGCGCGGGGUCAGCUGCAAGCUGGGGAGAAGUUUCAGCACCGCAGCAUUAUCGGCAGUAGCUUUGAGUGCUGGAUUGAGGGGACCACGCGGGUGGGCCAGUACGAGGCGGUGCUUCCGGUCGUCAUGGGCAGUGCGUGGAUCACCGGGUUUCGCCAGGUGGGGUUGGAUCCUACCGACCCGUUUCCGGUGGGCUUCAGAGUCGGAGACCAGUGGCAUGUAGCGGAUGAUGCUGGAAUAUCUUGAGGACUGAUAGUGAAUGGUGG